AGUGCUCCUGUUAAAAAUGAAGCUGGUGAAACUGUGGUGGCAGCGGCGGAGCAGACGAAGGGCCUGAAAUGUAGAGCUGGCAUCUACUUUCCCGCCGUUUUAAUAUAGAUAUAGAUAUAUAUAUACAUACAUGUAGAUAUAUACACACACGGAGGGCCUUCAUGAAGAGCCCCACGUUAUUAUGUCGGAGGACGCAGUCGCAGCCCGGUGCUUGCUGUACACGGUUGGUUUAUUUAUUCUCGUCUGAAGCAGGGUUUCAGGUCGUAGACAUACAAGUAGAUAGAUAGGCGUUUGUGAGGCUUUUUUUUAAUUAUCAUUUUUAUACGUUCCCAUUUUCAAAACCCAGUAUUUUUUUCCUUUUUGCGGAGAAAGAUAGUCAGGUUAAGCCACACGACAGCAAUGUAUAACACAGUUUGGACGACGGAAAAAGCCGGAGAGGAAGGAGACUGGAGGGACGUGGUGAUGCCAUACUCCACAGAGCUGAUAUUUUACCUGGAAAUGGACCAACCACCAGCUCUACCUCCAAAGCCGGCAAAAACCCAGCAGCCCUCCUCGGUCGGGGUGGGAGGCGGCGGCAGCAACAAUAGUUCCAGGGAUGGGGGAGCAGGAGGUUCUCUGCAGGAGGCUGAAUGGUACUGGGGUGACAUAUCCAGGGAGGAGGUGAAUGACAAACUGAGGGACAUGCCUGAUGGCACCUUCCUGGUCCGGGAUGCUUCCACCAAGAUGCAGGGCGACUACACACUCACAUUAAGGAAAGGGGGCAACAACAAGCUGAUAAAGAUCUACCACCGGGACGGGAAAUAUGGAUUCUCAGAUCCACUGACAUUCAGCUCAGUGGUGGAUCUCAUCAGCCACUACAGACACGAGUCUCUGGCUCAGUACAACACCAAACUGGACGUCAAGCUCAUGUACCCCAUCUCCCGCUUCCAACAGGACCAGUUAGUGAAGGAGGACAACAUUGAUGCUGUCGGCAAGAAACUCCAGGAAUACCACAAUCAGUACCAGGACAAGAGCAAAGAGUACGACCGACUGUACGAAGAAUACACCAAGACGUCACAGGAGAUCCAGAUGAAGCGUACAGCCAUCGAGGCCUUCAACGAGACCAUCAAGAUCUUUGAGGAGCAGUGUCACACGCAGGAGCGCUACAGCAAGGACUACAUCGAGCGCUUCCGCCGCGAGGGCAACGACAAGGAGAUCGAGCGGAUCACGAUGAACUACGAGAAGCUCAAGUCGCGGCUCGGAGAGAUCCAUGACAGCAAGGUGCGGCUGGAGCAGGACCUGAAGACGCAAGCCAUGGACAACCGUGAGACGGACAAGAAGAUGAACAGCCUGAAGCCUGACCUCAUACAACUCCGCAAGAUCAGGGACCAGUAUCUAGUCUGGCUCAAUCACAAAGGUGUGCGACAGAAACGAAUAAACGACUGGCUGGGAAUCAAGAACGACAACACAGACGAAAGCUACUUUGUGAGCGAGGAGGACGAGAACCUGCCUCAUCACGACGAGAAGAGCUGGUUCGUCGGUGACCUGAACCGGACGCAGGCGGAGGACCUGCUCCUCGGGAAGCCCGACGGAAUGUUCCUCAUCAGAGAGAGCAGCAAAAAGGGCUGCUACGCCUGCUCUGUCGUUGUGGAAGGCGAGGUGAAGCACUGCGUCAUCUACAGCACACCUCGCGGCUUUGGCUUCGCGGAGCCCUACAACCUGUACAGCAGCCUGAAGGACCUGGUGCUCCACUACCACCAGGCCUCCCUGGUGCAGCACAACGACUCGCUCAACGUCCGCCUCGCAUACCCCGUCUACGCACAGAUGCCCUGUGGACGCAGAUGAGCGGCACCCGCCCGCUCACGCUCCCACACAGACAGCAAACCCUCUCUGAGACAGGGAGAGCAGGGGGGGAGUGAAGGAAGGAAGGGAGGUGGGAGGUACAAAGCGAACCCCGACCCAACACCAGACCUGUUUUCAAAGAUAGAUAGAAAACACUUGCUGCAACACACACGUCAGCCACCUUGGAGUUAUAUAUAUUUUUACAAGAACCUUUUCAGAGGGCAUUCUUUCUAAAGACCGCUUGAUUUGCACAAGGAAGUUUUAAAUGUUUGUGAAUGUGAAAACAAAAAAGUGACAAAGAGAAGGAAGGAAAGAAGGAACCGGAGUAGGCAACUUCAGAGUUUCAGGUUGACCCCGCUGCUACCUAAACUCCAACUCAGACUUUUUACUAGAAACUCAGAGAAAAACCCCACAAAAGAGCCAAUGAUGACGGGAGACGGCAACAAAACAUUCCCAUUUUACAAGGUUUUUUUCCACCUCAGAUGAUUAUAUUCCAGCUUUUUUUGUUUGUUUUGUUUCUGGAGUCGUCUUUCCAUGUGUCAGAUGGUUCCUUUACUUUUGUUCACGGUUAAUGAGGAGGAGGAGGAGGAGGAGGAGAUGAAGAAGAUAAUGAUGAUGUCAAGUGUCUGUUUGUGUCCCGCUCUGUACGAGAAGCAAAAACAAUGUAGCAUAUAACAAGACAGUGGACGCUGGUUUAUCAUUAUUAUUAUUAUUUUUAUUAUUAUUUUCUUUUUUGUGAAGCGCUCCUCCGUGUAGACUGCUGCUGCUGACGGGGUUUAGAGGGAGGGACGGGGGGAGGAGAGGGGCGGGACAAGCGACACUUAACAGUUUUGUAGUCAUGAGAAAGACAGAGGAUUUCUUUUUAUACUAACUGUAGACGCACGCUGGUUUUGUUUGUUUGUUUGUUUGUUUGUUUGUUUGUUUUUGCCAAUGGCAACGUCACAGAUUAGAACCAGAGACCAAAGGUGGUGUAGAGAUGGACGCGCAAAGACUCUUUCUUUCUUUUUUCUUUCUUUCCUUUUUUCUUUCUUUCUUUCUUUCUUUCUUUUCUGUGAAUGGAGAAAGGAGUGAAGAGAAGUAAAUGAAUGGUGUGUUUGAGACCACACAUAAAGCAGGAGUUUUUGGGCACAAACAGCCUUUUCUUUUUUCUUGGCUGGGGGGGUGUGUGUUAACAGAAAGUUAUGAAGCCCCUCCCCUCUGUGACCUCAGCUCUCUCUUGUACUACAGAACAAGAAUGUGCUUUAAACCAGUGUUUCACUAACUUUCUUUUGUUUUUCAGCCCAAAUCACAGUAUAAAUGUAAAAGAAGCGAUUUGAAGACUAUUCCGCGCCAAAGCCUCACUACGAGGUGCCGUUAUUCAGGUGUUUGCACAGCUGUGAGACCACGAGCACGCAGAGCUCUGAGGUCACGCACAGCACCAACAAAAAAGGAAAAGCCUGAAAGCCCAUGUUUGUGUGUGGUUGAAAGAAAGCGAGUGAAUGGUUACAUUGGGACUGUUUAGUUUUCUUAGAAAACCUUCAGAGAUGAAUAAGCUUUGAUAAUAUAAUAAUGUUUUUUUUAUCCGUGUGUAACACGGAGAGAAGCGACAUCCCGAGCUGUAGACACAGGCUUCAGGAGCAAAUACUGAAAACUUGAAAGAACGUGUGCAAUCUAGAGUUGUGUUAAUGUAGUUCAGCAGUCGAGCAGAGCGGAGAUGCACUAAGGUCCAAGAGAUAAUCAAAGUGCAUCAAACUUCUGUUGUUGUCUGACUGCUUCAAAUUGAUUUUGUUCAUUUUAUUUUUGACUUUAUAACCAGUGGAAGCAUUUUUUAUUAAGACAGAAAAGCAUCACACAGUAAAAUGAAUCGUCUUCUUCUGUUCACUGAUUGGCUGAUGAUGUGGGAGAGACGUGUCAGUCCACCUCGUCACUGCAGCGUUUCACUGGCGCUUUCUCCAAAGAUGAAACUCACACACUUGAUGACAACGUGGUGUAAAACCUCAGUGUCGGUCCAAUAAAAUACCAUUUUUCACUAUCGUUGCUUCUCUUAAGCGAUUAAUCCAUCAAUAACUGUUCAAUUCAGAUUGAGAUUGAGAUUUUCUGCUGUCUUUGCUCCACAUAACACAGAAACCAAACAGCUGGAUAAUAAUUGUGAGUUGCAGAUCUACUGAAUCUACUUCCUGUUUAUUCCGGCACGCACAUGCCCCGUUUUUGUGUGAAAACGCCAAGUGAAACAUGUUAGUGUAGUGUGGAUGUGCCUACAGUUUGCUCCACCCCCUGUUAAACGUAACCUCCCCCUUUGUUAACUGCACUUGUGGUGGCAUGUGCCAAACAUUGGCUAAAACGCUGGUUACAAAGUCACACACACACACACAGUAUAUACGAUAUUUAUGCACACAAAUCUUAGGGACUGUGUCAGGUUUUUUUUAGGAAGUGGGCCGUUGUUUGAGAAGCGAGGCGUUGUGCAUGAAUGAGAGAACCUUGGUUGUACCCACCAUGUUUUUAUCUACACCCACCUCAGUGUCCAGAGUCCAGACGAGUCAGGGUGAAGUGACGUCACGAGUGGUGAGGACACGAGGCGGGAUUAGUCGAUAUAAUCUUGAAUGUACAAAAGGAUCGUUCCAGGUCCUGUUGUUGUUGUUGUUGUUGUUGUUGUUUUUCCGUGGCUUUGUUAUUGUGAAAGCGCCGCCUAUCGUGCAUGUUUCUCAGCAACUGAACCCAUCCAAACUCGAGGUGCUCCUGGAAACGCAGGCCCAUUUGAUUCCCGGCAGACCUCCUUGAGGUCUCGCAGCGCAGAGUCACUAAACCCUCAGGUGUUUUUUCAAGUUUACCGUACAGAACUGACCACACAGCAAAGCCAGCCAUUUAAUAAAGAAAGACAAGUAAAUCAGGGUUGUUGUUUUUUGCCUUCACGUGUUCCAUCAUCACUUUUGACUUUUGUCGCGUCCCUCAUGGCUUCCCGUAGCUUCCACACCAUCUAAAGCAGGACUAACGCUGCGUUCCAUGUACACGUGAACUCCCAGUGAACUGCCAGUGAAAAGUAGGAAACAUAUCUCUCUCUCUCUCCAUAUGUGUGUGUGUAUGUAUAAAGUAUAUAUAUAUCUGUGUAUAUAUAUAUACACACACACAAUCGAAUAAUAGGUCUAUUAUUUUGCAAUUUUGGAAUCUCAAGUUGUAAAUUGCGAGUUCCAACUACAAAUGGAUGGCGGCGUUAGUCUUUCACUCCCCCUACAGGUUUAUUAGAAACAUCCCUAACUCUAUAUUACUUGAACAAUAUCUCAUCGCUCACUGUUGAAUGUCUUUCUACGAGUCAGAGUUUUAUGACAGAUGUACAGUAUUGGUUACAGACUAAUGUAGAGACACUCGAGGAGUGAACGCAGGCGCGUAAUCAAACUAUUCUCAGAGAUUUGUAUGUUGUUGUUUUUCUUCAUUCAUCUCCAAGAGACUCGUGAUAAUAUAAACCUGUGAUGUCUGCAUAUGAGUCACAUUUACACAGAGAUGUCAAAUCUAUCAUAUAUAAAUACAUAUAUAUACAUGAAAUAUUUAAAUAAGGCUAAAACAAAAUAUAUUACUGUUUAAGGGGUCAUUUUUUAUUGUUUUUUUCUUUUCUUUUCAAUUUCUCCCAGACCAAAGAUUUCAGUUGUCGUUAAUCUUUGAGUUGUCAAUUUAUUCCGUGACGCUUUUAUUUCAACCCCCACAACUCAGAGGACGACAGCACGCCGUGUGAAUGAGUGACUGGUGUGAGUGAACAGUGAAGGUCACAGUGCAGCUUCAUGUAUGAGCACAUGUUUGUCCUGUAGAAACCUCAAACACAGUUAUUACAGAAAGCCAAUCAUGUCACGUGGCAACAAGAAACAACUGAACACAUUCUUGUCUUGAAUAAGAAAAAAGAAGAACGCGUAAACGUCGUUUGGCUGCACUUCAGUGUCGUUUGAAGACGUUCGAUUUUGAUCUCACUUCUCUCUGUCGAGUGUUAAAUGAUAGUUUUAUUCUUAUUUUUAUUUUGAAAUGAUGUCACUUUUCAUUCACGAUGAUUUCAACGCUUUACGAUCAGAGGUUUCUACAGUUGACUGAUGUGCGAUUCUCCGUUUAGGUUCAAAUAAAAAAUAGUGAGUUAUGAAAUGAGGAGCCCACCAUCAACACACACACACACACACACACGGGUGUUUCUUAAAGGGGGCGGGGCUUUGUUGAAAGAAAAGCAGUGAGAGGGUUCGUGGAACAAACCAAAUCAUGUUUUGUUUUUUCUCAAGUUGAUUUUCUUUUUUACUGUUGAGUUGAGAUUUCACUUUUUAACUGAAAUAACUCCAGGAAACAGAAAAGGUGCACAGUCUCAGUAACAAGGAGUGAUUAUACUCACUAUCACCAUCAGGACUGUUAAAAGAAAUCAUGGGUUACGACUCGUACUUAUUCUUACUCUCGAGCAGUUCUGCAGAGUUCUAUUUGCAGCCAGGUUUGAAUACGAGGAGUCGUGUUGUGUUCUUACCACUGCUUGUCUGAUCACAGUACCCAGCACAGCUUGGAGAAGUCACAGCUUCUCACAUAUAAAUGUCAAACUUUUAGAAAAACAAACUUUAAAGAAAAGAAAAAAAAGAUUUUAAAUAAAGUGUAUAUGACUCCCUCUCUUCCCCUAAACCCACCCCCACUUUCUUUUGACAUACCUACAGGUCCAGCAUGCAUAUUUGGUACUAUUGACUGUUGUUUUUUGUGUAUAAAAGUAAAAAAACUGUUAUUUGUCUGUUGAUGAUGUAUUCAGAUCUGAUUGUGACAUCACCGCUUACAGCUCAAAAUCAUAUUUCACAAUUACACACUUUGACAUCAUGAACCUCUUCCUCAGUGCUACCCUCUGCCACCUGUCUCUCUCUCUCUCUCGCUGUGAAAUGGUUUGGGCCGUCACUCCACACUACAUUUUCACAUUUCCUGUAUCGGUUGCAGUUGUUUGUUGGUUGUAGAUUUGUUUCUGAGCUGAUCUCAUGUAUGUUUAUCAGUGGAGCUCCACCAUGUUCACUUCUCUUGCAGAAUAAAGACAAUAUUUUGUUCAAAUACAAA